AUGUACGUAGAGAAGAGCCCAAACACAGGGAAGGACAAUGACAGUGUGGAGCUGGGAGACCUGGAGAAGAGGAAAGAGAGAACCCCACGAAGGAUCAUCCAUUUCUCUAAUGGAGAGACCAUGGAGGAGUACAACCAAGCUGACCUGGGGCCUGAACUUCUGGUUCCACAUGUGGAGAGCUGCUAUGUCUACUCUCUUUUUCCUCAUGCUUCGAGUACAACGGCCACUAUCUCCACCUGCUUCAAGAAUCCCAUUAUCAUCCCCGUGCCCAAGGAAGGGAAAAAGGAGGAAGAAGAUGAAGACAACCGAUUAUCAGAGGAGGCAGAGCAAUACUUUGACGAGAAUCGAGACGAGGAGAUCCCCGGACCACUGAUGGAUCAGCCAAAGGGAACCGCCCCCCACGCCACGGUCACCUAUCAGGUUGAAAAUAAGCCUGAGGCCACACCCACUGCCAUCAGAGUACCCACCAUUGUCACGACAACAGACUGA